AUGCAACUGUCUGGGCCAUCCCUGGUUGCCGUCGCCACCGGCGUUGUUGGCUCGGCAUGGCUGUCUGGAGCCAUCAUGUCUUUCUCAAUUGGAGGCGCGCCCGCUGCCGCCGCAGUGCAGCAAUCUUCCGCCAAGAUCUGGGCUGAGCUUUACAAGCGCGGAGCCGCGUCAAUGCCAAAGUUCGCUGUCGGCACUGCUCUUGCUUACUUUGUCGCGGCCUACGACGCCUACGGUGAUGGCAGGGCUUGGGGGAGCUACUUGGGAGCGGCUGGCCUCACUCUAUCCAUUGUGCCCUUUACGCUGACUGUUAUGAAGAAGACCAACGGAUUGCUACAUGAUGAGGCCAAAAAAGACGCUAAUGAGAACGACAUCUCUGUAGCCCGAGUGAAUGGCUUGUUGGACCGAUGGACCACUUUGAAUCUGAUCAGAGGCUCUUUGCCACUUGCAGGGACAAUUCUUGGGCUCUUUACUUUUCUCCGCGAGGCGUUGUAA